CAUCGUGAUAUGAAAGCAAGUAACAUUUUUUUAGAUAGAGAAAUGCAACCCAAAAUUGCAGAUUUUGGAAUGGCAAGACUGUUUGAUCUUGAUCAAACACAAGGUGCUACCAGUCGAGUUGUAGGGACGUAUGGUUAUAUGGCACCUGAAUAUGUAAUGCACGGACACUUUUCUGUUAAGUCGGAUGUGUACAGCUUUGGUGUGUUAGUUUUGGAGAUAAUUACUGGACAGAAAAAUAGUUCUUUCCGUCCUGGUGGGAACGUGGAGGACCUUCUAAGUUAUGCCUGGAAAAGUUGGAAGGAGGACACAGCUUCAAAUUUAAUAGAUCCCAUAUCGAAGAGUGGUUCAAUACCAGAAAUAAUGAGAUGCAUCCACAUAGGAUUGUUAUGUGUGCAACCAAAUAUAGCUGAUAGGCCAACCAUGGCUACAGUUAUUCUCAUGCUUACUAGCUACUCUCUGGAUCUUCCAGUACCCUCACAACCAGCAUUUUAUAUGGAUGGUGGCAUUGAAUCCUCAUCUGAUACGUCUUUGGGAUGGAAGGAUAAUUCUGGUGUGACAAGAUUAGAUCUGUCUAAAAGAAACUCUGUAGAAUAUCUGCUACAUGGAUAG